AUGCCUUUCCUCACCUUCCCCGAGCAAACAGGUCGGUUUGCGGUAGGGCAAUGCGACAUCAUGUGGCAGAGCAGGCAAGAGAAUGGCAAGGAGCAAACGAAGAUGGUGGUCAGGCUUUUCUAUCCCGUCAUGCCCGAGGACGCCAGCAAGGCUGAGAAAGCCGCAUGGUUGCCGGACCAGUAUGGCGCGAACAGCUAUUCCUACGCGCAAGCAUAUGCACGGUUCUUCUGGAAACCAGGGAUCACUGCCUCCUUGGUUGGAACUCUGGGCUUUCUUCCCCUCAUGAGCAGCGUGAAGACUCUGACCUACGACCACGCUCCGCUAGCACAAGGGAUGACAUUCAAGACUAUCAUAUAUUCUCAUGGGCUGGGAGGCAACCGCAGCUGCUACUCGGCUGUCUGCACUGACCUUGCGUCCCACGGCUACUUCGUGAUCGCAGCGGAGCACUCAGACGGCUCUGCUUGUCUGAGUGUCUUGCCAGACAAGACGGUGGUGGAGCAUAAGAUCGUCCCGGGAAAGGCCCUCAUUCCCCAGAGACCCAAACGGAUCCCACGAGGAUUCACUGAGAGUUUGAUCCCUGAGCAACAGCCCAAGACUCUGACGCAGUUCGAACUGAGGAACGGGCAGCUCAGUCACAGGGUCUCGGAGGUUGUGUUCCUCCUUGACUGCAUCGAGAAACUCAAUGCCAAGAUCGAUACGGACAUUGUUCCCUUGCCGGAGUGUCUUGCGGACCUCCCAGGAAGAAUCGAAGUCGAUCAUAUUGGAGUUAUGGGACACUCGUUCGGUGCUUCCACUGCCGUGGCCUCAAGCUUCGAGGAUGUGAGGAUCAAGGCAUGUAUAGCUCACGACGCCUGGCUGUUUCCCUUGUCUUUGGAGACGAUAAGGGCAGUCCCGAGGGUUCCCACCUUGUUUCUCACUGCCGACACGUUCGACUACUUAUGGCCGGGGGAGGGCAGAAAAGUAAUCAACGCUCUCUGCGCACUUCAGGGCACUUUCCAUCAGAAUUAUUCAGAUUUUCCGAUCCUAGCUCCUGACAUCACACAAGCAAUUGGUGUGAGCGGGCAGAAUCCCGAGGAGAGCAUGAAGGUCAUUGUCCAGCUCGACUCCUGCUUCUUCGAUCACUACUUGGGACAAGGCAAGGAAGCUAAGGACAAAUGGCGGUGCCCGGAGGAGUUUCGUGAUGCAAUCGACCACAAAGAUUCUGAGGAGGACAUCUUUGACGAUAGUCAUAACGAUAUCAAGAUCGGAGUGUUCACCAACGAUCGGAACCAUUACCAGAUGCCAGAAGCGAAUCAAGUUUGA